GAGCGGAUCCUGUUCCUCCUGCUGCAGACAGUGGUCGCUGCUCGGGAUUGUUGACAUGGACAGCCUCCGCCGCCUGUGUUUAUGUCUGGAAUUGAGCAGAGUUGUUGAUUUUUGCUUCUUCUGAGAGGAUCUGUGUGGUGUUUUUGCGUGCAUUUCCCACUGAGGCGUGUUUCUGAGUGAUCAAAAACUGCAGAAACAAUGCAAACACCAGAGCUGGAGAGCAGCUUAGUGUUUCUGAAGUAGGCCUCACGAAACCUCGGACUUUCCCUGGGACUCCGACCGGUAUGACUCUCCUGGGCCUCGUUCGAGAGGCGGCACUCUGAGCUCGGUGUCAAAUCAUGGCCCCUGCUUGCUUCAGAGUUUGCGUUUGACUGUAGAGGUGAAGGAAGCCUUGCUUUGUGCAGUCGUACCUGCCAUCAUCUUUCACUGUCAAACAUAUUGCAGUGACUGUGACUGUCGGAUUAAAUCUGACGUAAGUUUUACUGCUAAUCAGUGAGCUGGACCACCGUAGACACUGGGUCCUAAAAGGAAAUCAAAGGUUGGGACUUACCAUCUUCCCCCUCUGAAACAGUCUGCCCACAAAUCCACAAUGGCGUCUGUUCCAGUGUACUGCUUGUGCCGUCUCCCUUACGAUGUCACAAGGUUCAUGAUUGAGUGUGAUGUUUGUCAGGACUGGUUUCAUGGAAGUUGUGUUGGAGUGGAAGAAGACAAGGCAGCAGAUAUUGACCUGUAUCACUGCCCGAACUGUCAGGUCACACAUGGACCCUCUGUCAUGCGUAAACGACGCGGGAGCUCUAAGCAGGCUGAUACUGCAGCCAGUACACGAGAGUCAGGGCGGCCUGUAAAGACUGGGAGCGCCCAGUUUGUUCGAGAGUUACGCAGUCGGACCUUUCCAAGUGCUGAUGAAGUCCUGCUGAAGCCAACAGGAGCCCAGCUCACAGUUGACUUUCUAGAGGAGCGCUCCUUCAGUGUCCCGGUUUUGGUUUUGAGGCGGGAUGGCCUGGGCAUGAGCCUGCCCCCUUCAUCCUUCUCUGUGUCAGAUGUUGAGCACUAUAUCGGAGCUGAAAAGGAAAUUGAUGUGAUUGAUGUGGUCCGUCAGGCAGACCUAAAAAUGAAACUUGGGGAUUUCGCUACAUACUAUAACAGCCCCAAUCGAGACAGAGUGCUCAAUGUGAUAAGCCUGGAGUUUUCAGAUACAAGGUUGUCUAACCUGGUAGAGACACCAAAGAUUGUGAGGAAAUUGUCUUGGGUGGAAAACCUCUGGCCCGAGGAGUCUGUGUUUGAACGGCCAAACGUACAGAAGUACUGCCUAAUGGGGGUGAAGGACAGCUACACAGACUUCCACAUUGAUUUUGGGGGAACCUCUGUGUGGUACCAUGUGUUGCGGGGCGAAAAGAUCUUCUACCUUAUUCGUCCAACACCUGCGAACCUGUCUCUGUUUGAGCGCUGGAGCUCCUCCUCCAAUCAGAAUGAGCUUUUCUUUGGGGACCAAGUGGACAUGUGCUAUAAGUGUUCAGUCAAGCAAGGAAACACUCUGUUUAUCCCUACAGGUUGGAUCCAUGCAGUUCUCACUCCUGUUGACUGCCUGGCUUUUGGUGGAAAUUUUCUUCACAGCCUCAAUAUUGACAUGCAGCUUAGGGCUUAUGAAAUAGAGAAGAGACUCAGCACAGCAGAUCUGUUUAAGUUUCCUAACUUUGAGACAGUAUGCUGGUAUGUUGGCAAGCACAUUCUUGACACAUUCAGAGGUCUGAGGGAAAAUCGUCGGCAUCCUGCUUCUUACCUGGUUAAUGGAGCCAAGGCUCUUAACAAUGCCUUCCGAAGUUGGACACGCAAAGAGUCCUUGGCUGAACAUGAGGAUGAGAUCCCAGAGACAAUAAAGACACAGCAGCUGGUGAAGGAUCUGGCUAAAGAGAUACGGCUUGUGGAGGAUAUCUUCCAGCAGAAUAUCGGCAGAAGUGGGGCUCCUUUCGGUGGCUCACAAGGCCUCCCUUCUCCUCACCCCAAAGCCCCAUUAACUACUCCUCUCAACUCCGGCAGACCCCCAGGUAAAAAGAGGGGCCCGAAACCAAAGGAGGCGGCUGGAGGAGGGGGUGUAGGCCCUCCUGGGCCCAAGAAAAAGGGACAGAAAGUUAAGGAGAUGAAGACCGAAGCUGGGGAGCUGGAUAUGCUUGAGAUUCAUACUAAACACACCCUCAAGAAGUUCCAGCCAGGAAAUAAAACCAAGAACAAGAACAAAAUUGACCUGCCUGGUGCCUGUCUAGAUGGCUUUGAAGGGAAAAUAAAUAAAAGCAAGCUCAAGCUGGUCCUGACCAAUGGCAAAAUACAAGGGAAGAAGGCGGGGCGCUCCAGCAAUGCUAAUGGAGCUGGACGCACUGCUCAGUUUCAGCCUCUAACAAGCAGCUCAGCUCUUUCAGACUUCGAUUCAGAUGAUGAGCUUCAGAUUGAUGAAAGCCCUCCUCCACGGCGGAGGCCAGCUGUACCCAGCAAAAAGAAGCUGGCUGGCCUUCCUAGGAAACUGCCUCGGGCAAAACCAUGCACUGACCCACACAGAGUCAGAGAGCCAGGGGAGGUGGACUUUGAUAUUGAGGAGGACUACACCACAGAUGAAGAGAUGCUCACUGUUCAAGGGGUGAAGGGGGGAGCAGGAGGAAUUCUGGACUUACUCAAAGCCAGCAAACAGGUGGCUGGCCUGGACCCGGCACUCAGCGAGGAAGCUCCAGCCUCUCCCAGCACCCGUGAUGCCAUCCAAGGCAUGCUGUCCAUGGCUAAUCCCCCUUCUUCGUCAUCCUCCUCCUCUUCCUCCUCCUCGUCAUCUUCGUCUUCUUCCUCUUCCUCUCCUCUCUCUAUGUCUGGAGGAGGAAUGGGGAUGAGAGUCAUCAAUGAAAAGGGCAGGAGAGCUGCAUGGGUGAGCGGUGCUCAGAAGAAGGGUGAGAAGAAAGCUCCCAUUCAGAGGCCUGGAAAACGGCCCAUCAAAAGGCCUGCCAAACACCUGAGUGAAGAGGAGAGCCCUGAUGAGCAGGAGACGCUGGGCACCUGUUUUAAAGACUCUGAGUAUGUGUACCCUUCGUUGGAGUCAGAUGAGGAGGACCAUUCCAUGAAGGCCAAGAUGAAGAGGAAGAGGAACUGGGAUGAUACACCAUGGAGCCCAAAAGCUCGUGUAACCCCAACCCUGCCUAAGCAGGAGCGACCAGUCAGGGAAGGUGUCAGAGUGGCCUCAGUAGAGACUGGGCUCGCUGCUGCCGCUGCCAAACUGGCACAGCAGGAACAACAGAAGACCACAACCAAGAGAAAAUACACAAAAAAGAAGGUCCCUCAAGAGAAGGCCCAAGCAGCAGCUGCAUCACAACUUCAACUACCGGCAGACUCCAGCCCGCUGUCCCCCUCACUGCCUCCUGAACCUUCAGUGGACUGUAUUGCAGAGGAGAGGAGAGUGGAGGCCUACUCCGCCAGCCUGCUGGAUCACGAGUACACAGCCGGACCCUUUGGCCCAGGUGGACCGAGAGGAAGUGCUGCCAUGGCCCCAGGGGUGUUCCUCACCUCCAGGCGACCCUCUCUUUCACCCCAGAACAGCAGCAAUUACUCCCCUUCUACACCCUCACCUGCUGGGCUGGCAAGUCCUGGGUCUGCUGGUGCAGGACAAGGGAAGCGUCCAAAGAAAGGUCUUGCCACAGCUAAACAGAGACUGGGAAAGAUUCUGAAAAUCCACCGCAAUGGCAAGCUUCUUUUGUGAGAGGACACUGGAAAAAGAGAGUGAUGUGUGGGGAAGAAAUGAGGCAUAGGAGAACGGAAGAGGACAGUAAAAGAGGACAGAAUGACUGUAAAAGAUGGGAGAAAAAGGACACUGUGUGACUGAAUGUGAGAGAACAAAGGACGGCAUGGCUGAUUUUACUAUUGUGAUUGUGACUUUUUCAUGUACAAUGUGCUAUUCAUCAUUUUAAGCUCAAUACCUCCUUUUUAGCAUGCUUUUUUAUUACUCAUUUAUUUAACGUCAUUUUAGUCAUCAGUUUCUCUUUGUUAAUCUGUUAUUACAUACUUUUUUGCUUGUUGUAAUACUAUAACUAAAAAGUGCAAAGCACUUAAGAGGUUUGUGUGGAAAUGGCUUCAGUCUUCAUUACUGUAAAGUUACUGUUUUGGCUGUGUAAUUGGUAUGUGUACUAAUUUGGCCCCUACAGUUAGUUGCAGUAAAAUGGAAAGCCCUGUUAUUUCUAGAGUAGCAGUGGUUCAGUUUCUAGAUGAUUAACUCCUGGACCGAGAGUCAUAGUUCAGUGGAGUUUGCAGAAAGGAGAGGUGUGUUGUAAAUGUGUGUGCAGCAUUUUCUUGUAGCGUUUAAAGUCGAAUAAUAGAAAUAUAAUGAGGCAAGACUUGCAGCUCUUUUCCUUUGCAUGUAACACAAAUAUCCAAUCUUCCACAGGGGAGUUGUACUGACUUCAGAUAACUUUUGAGGCUCGAUCUUAUGGUUUGAUUGAGUUCGUCAGGACUGAAACUGAAGUAAUGAAGCCUAAAGCUGAAUUGGGACUGUUCACAAAUGUAAUGCAAAGCUGUCCCUCAAACGGUAAAGCAAAAGAAAAGAAAUCAUUCGUCAUUUCAUGGAAUCCACAAAAGCAAUGCUGCUCAAUUAAAUUAUGUUUACCAGGGGAAGCUAAAACGGUAUCAAAGGAGCCUGUUUGUAUCUGGAUAUGGCCAAGCCACAUAAAAAUACAAGUGCAAACGCACCCAAGCUCCAUCUGUCACGUCACUUUAGCAGGUGAUCUGAGACACAUUUGGUAUUACACAGGUAUUAUAGCAGUGUAAACACAUCAAUAUCUCCAAAUUGCAACAGACAGCGAAAACUCCUCCCCAUAUUCAUGAUAAACAACUGGUUGCUGUGCAAAACAGAAGCCAUAUUUCAGAAACACAUUUAACUCCCAUUUAAAACUACAAUUAAGGCAUUACGUACAAGGUCAUUCCUAUUUCAGAGGAGGAUCAAUAUAGUGUUAGGAGUCUAGCCCAAGGACUCUUUUUGGUGUAGCAAAGCAUUUAGUCACCCAGAACUGGAAUUGAACCCCAGUCUUCCACAUGAUGUGAUGUGGUGUCUUACUGGCAGGUAGUGGUGUUAUCCACUGCACCACACCAACCACCUACCAAGUGUAAGUGCAUGUGUUUUAAAAUCCAAUCAAGAUAAAAUCCAGAUAUAUGUGGAACAUGUCACCAGGUGUAAACAAGAUCCAUGAUUUUUGUUCUUAGUUUUUUUUUUUUUAUACUAGCUUCAUAGCCUUGAUUUGUUUGUAAUGUUGAAACUUGAUUUUAGGUUAAAUACACCUAUGAGUACCUGUUUACACCUGGUCACUUCAUGUAACCAGUAUCUGGAUUGGAUUCUAAUGUGAUUUAAUCUACAUUCAUUUAUACAUGGUAGUCAAACAUGUCUCUGGUUAAUCAGACUGCAGUGUGGGAUGGUUUAGGCAGUUAUAACUGGUGUCUACUUGGAGAGACUGAUGUGUUUACACUGCCAUAAUGUGGAUCAAAUGCUCAUAUGAAUCUCAUAUCACCCCUUCAAGUGGUCUGAGUGAAUGGAUUCGUAUCUGUUUUUAAAAAAAUCCUGGGUGUGUUCACACUUGCAUGUUUAGGUGGCUUAAACUUAUCCAGAUAUAAUCCUAAUACUCAAUAUGCAUGAAUUGACCACAGGGUCUUUUACACAUAAGUUAACAUGUUAACUUUUAGUAAAAUUCUGCAAGAAAGUAUGAAAGUUUAUGCUUUUGAUGUUGACUCUUGGUCCAAACAGACAGUUAAGAAGCAGGCAGUUCUGCUAACAGGAUCUAUGUCUGAUGUAGGUCUUUAUCAUAGUCACUCACAUAUAUAUUCAUAAAUACGUACAUGCAUAUUUCACUGUGAAUGCUUUUUUUGGCCAGCGCGAUCGUGCUUUACCGUGUGGUCAGUGCUCCUAAAACAGUUAAAUCAGUAGUAAUGAAGUACUGAUAGUGAUGCUUGUUUGCAGGUUAUCUUAAGAAGUGUAAACAGGAAAUGGAACUGUACCCUCAGCACCUUGGUCUGCUCUAGGUCUGCUAUAGUGAGUGCCCAUUCAUCACUGUUUGCUUUAAUGUUUUGUUGUUGUUGUUGUUUUUUUUUUAUCAUAGUCAUAUGAUGUAUUUCUACUGAUUAACAUGUUCCAGCUCUGUAAAUAUCCAUUUUUAGUCACUCGGCACGGUCAGACGGUAGGAUGUCUCGAUGUUGUCUUGCUCUGUUUCCCGUUUGCCUCCAUUUAUUUGUUUAAAUGUAGUUUUCUGCCGGCUGAUUUCAGCAGGAGUGGUGUGGUACCUUUUGUAGUAAAACGGUAAUGCAUCUAAAAUGGAAUUAGUGUGUAGUGUCAUGACAGAUUCUGGUGGGGGAGUGUUAAAAUUUUGUGUACAUAAUUGGUGUAAUUUUGUUAUAGCGACACGGAAAGGUUUGUUGCAUUUGAAUCUUUCUAAACAUACCUUGUACAAAGAUUACCUUAAUGUUUUGGGAAAUGUGAGAGUUUAACAGCAAGCUGUUUAGACCUUUUUAUUUGUAUAGGGUAAAUAUGUUAUUUUUUGGUUGAUGUUUUAUGACAUUGGUAAGGUGAUAAUGAAGUUAAUGUAUUCUAUAGUUUUUCCAGUUUAUUAUUGUUCAUUAUCUGCUUUACCCCUCACUGAUAUAAACUGUUGAGAUAUUUUAGUUUUUUUAAUAUUCAUUCUAGAGGGGUUGAAUAUGUUCUUAUUAAAUCUGAAUUCAGAUUGGCUAGUAUGACAAAAAUAACAAUAACAAGUGUAAACGUUUCUUUUUUGUGUAAUUGGCCUCACCAAAAUGUCUGACUUUGAUCAAGCGAGCAAUGUUAACAUGACAUAAAAAUAUAUUUAUGAAGUAGAAAACUAAAACCCAAAAAAUAUAUGUUUGGUCAUUCGAGUCAAUCUGAGAAUAAGGUGUGCUUCUCUUCUGCCCUUUAAGACCAAUUAAACCCUAUUGAAUUUUAGUUUUUGGCUUCUCUAUCAUCACAUCUAUUUUCACGUGUUUUUGUUUGAUCUAUGUAUGUUUUCCAUUUUGGAGUGUUUUCUUGUGUGUUCAGUUUGUCUUGAGAAAUAAUUCAUGUUUCUUCACACAGUUCCUCUCAGGGUUUAUUUUGUAUCUCAAAUAUCAUUUUGAUGGAAUACGUAAAAACAUCAACAGUUGUGUCGCCACUUCAAAAGCACGCAUAUACAAACAAAUCCACUGCAUAUUAAAAUUGAGACAUUGUCCUAGCCAGCUAUUGUCUACACUAUUGGGUUGAUAAUUUGAAAGGGUUGAACAGAUUUUUUCAAACAAGCUCAAUUAAAGAUAUUUUUUAACAUA